AUGCUCUCAUCGGUAUCUUAUGUUUGUUUAGGCGUGUGCGCUGGUAUGUGGGUAAUUAGUAGGGGUAUAUAUUUGGGCGUGCUGGUUUUGUCUUUCAUCUCGGUCUUGCUGUUCCAGCGUUCGGGUCAUUUUUUAUUUGUUUUUGUUUUUAGUGUGUGUGUGUGUGUGUGUUCUUUUUGCUUUUAUUUUGCAGAUGUUUUCAGCUCUACUAUGUGGUCGGAUCUUCGGGCUGCGGUUCCCCAGGGAUCCAGUGUUUUACAAUCCCUUGCAAGUUCUCUUCCGGAUAUUGCGUUGGCUAGCAGAGCACCCAGUACUUCCGCCAAGUAUUUUUCUUCUUACAACAGAUGGAGGUCUUGGGCACGAGAACAUGGCUUGACAGUUUUUCCUGCUUCUCCGUUUCACUUUGCCAUAUAUUUGCGUCAUUUGAUGACUGAGGCGAAGACAGCAUCUCCCCUGGAGUCAGCAGUUCACAGCAUUGCCUGGUUUCACCAGCUGGAUGGCGAGCCGUCUCCUUCUGCUCAUCCGUUGGUGAAGAGUACUCUUGCCGGUGCGCAGAGUUUGCUGGCCCAUCAAACAACCAAGAAGGAACCUAUCACAGUCUCUCAGUUAGAGCAGUUAGUUGCCUCCAAGGCGGACUCAAUGGACUCUUUGUAUAAUAUUCGUUCGGUUGUUAUUUGCUUACUAGCUUACUUGCUGCCUUUCUCAGAUUUGUUGAGCUUGCUAAGCUUGUUCGAUCCGAUGUUAAGAUCGAAAAUGAUAUGUUAA